CUCUUUUUAAUAUUAUUAUUAUUAUCCCUUUUCAGUACAUCCCACUUGAAGUUUUUCCUCCCUCAUUAUGCCCCAGAACGAGUAUAUCGAGGAGCACAUCAAACGCCAUGGACGGCGGUUAGAUUAUUUCGAACUCAAACGUAAGCGUGAAGCUCGCGCGGCCCAUAAGUCGUCUGCGACUGCUCAAAAGGCCUUCGGUAUCAAAGCCAAACUCCUUCAUGCUAAACGACAUGCCGAGAAGGUUCAACUCAAGAAGACUCUCAAGGCGCAUGACGAACGGAAUGUCAAGCAGGCAGAUUCUUCAACUGUUCCGGAUGGUGCUCUACCUACAUAUCUUCUCGAUCGUGAAGGCCAAAAAGAUGCUAAAGCUCUGUCGAGCGCGAUCAAGCAGAAGCGGAAAGACAAGGCUGCUAAAUACGCUGUACCUUUACCCAAAGUCCGAGGAAUUGCUGAGGAUGAGAUGUUCAAAGUGAUGAAGACAGGGAAGAGUAAAAGCAAGUCGUGGAAGCGGAUGGUCACGAAGGCGACAUUCGUUGGGGAAGGAUUCACCAGGAAGCCGGUGAAGAUGGAGAGAUUUGUCCGACCAAUGGCUCUCCGAUAUAAAAAAGCUAACGUUACUCAUCCCGACCUAAAAGCAACAUUCCAGUUGCAAAUCCUUGGUGUCAAGAAAAAUCCGCAGUCACCCAUGUAUACGCAGCUCGGAGUUAUGACCAAAGGAACAGUGAUAGAAGUGAACGUUUCUGAGCUUGGCAUGGUCACAACUGGAGGCAAAGUCGUGUUUGGAAAGUACGCUCAGAUCACGAAUAACCCCGAGAACGAUGGUUGCAUAAACGCAGUUCUUCUCGUUUGAUGCUUUCGUUACUAUAUGCUACGGAUUGUAUUUUUACCCUCAUCACUUACACGUACACCGGUUAUUCCUCGAGUAGUAAUAACUCAUCACUACAAAGCAAAUGUAGAACGGCUUUUGAAACAAACAGUUGCUGGCUGUUCCUGGUGGCAGGUACCAGGUUUGUAAAAAAAUUUCCGCAGCCCAUUGAAG